AUGGGGUGGUACGAGUCUGGCAGAGUAGAAAUUCUCUACACUGGGUAUGGACGGGUACCACAGCGUCAAAAUUCUCUACACUGGGGUGGUACGAGUCUCAAAGAGUCGAAAUUCUCUUCACUGGGGUUGGACGGGUCCCACAGAGUAGAAAUUCUCUACACUGGGGUUGGACGGGUCCCACAGAGUCGAAAUUCUGUACACUGGGGUUGGACGGGUCCCACAGAGUCGAAAUUCUGUACACUGGGGUUGGACGGGUCCCACAGAGUCGAAAUUCUGUACGCUGGUGUUGGUCGGGUCCCACAGAGUCGAAAUGCUGUACACUGGGGUUGGACGGGUCCCGCAGAGUCGAAAUGUCGUAGCAUGGGGUGGUACGAGUCCCACAGAGUCGAAAUUCUGUGGAAUGGGGUUGGACGGGUCCCGCAGAGUCGAAAUGCUGUACACUGGGGUUGGACGGGGCCCGCAGAGUCGAAAUUCUGUACACUGGGGUUGGACGGGUACCACAGAGUCGAAAUUCCCUACACUGGUGUUGGACGGGUCCCACAGAGUCGAAAUGCCGUAGCAUGGGGUGGUACGAGUCCCACAGAGUAG